UUCGUCCGUCGUGCGCAGCGCAGACGGUCCAAGUCUAUACCUGCCCGUUCUUUGCAUUAUUCUUAUUCUUUCGUUAUAUCCCCACUUUAUAGCAAUCAUAGUCGGUUCCUAAUUGGACGGGAAGGCACUGAUUGGAGCAAACUCUCUGGUACUAGUGUGACCGUCGCUAUACAAACAACUUUUUAUCCCCAGGUUCUUUUUGGCGGAGGCUAUGACAGCCCCAUCAUCGCGGACGGGCACACAAACGCUCAGGAUGUCCACCUCUCAUGGGAAUCUUCGUCCUUCGUCUUCGUCGGCCGCACUAGGUGGAUCUGCCCCGCCACGGGAGCGUAAGGAACGUAGGAGACCACCGCCUGUAUCACUCUCGGGCCAGCAAUCAACCAGUACAUCUCCAUCAUCAUACACUGGUAUCUCGAGCAACUCGACCGCACCGGGUGCGCAAUGUUCGCCUCCACCACCGUCACCGCCAAGCGCGAGUGCACGCUUAGAGGAGAGCUAUCUUGCAGCAAAGCGGCGAGCUCACCGUCAUAGCUACUUUGACCGCUAUCCAGAUCGCGGUCAGCAGCGGAGAAGGGAAGGUGAGAAAGAGGAUGGAUAUGAGGCGGAGGCGGCAAGAGGAGUUGAAGAAGGGGAGAAGAUUCCACCGUUGCCUACGGCGUCUGUUAACGUAGCUACGCACCCCCAUACCCAAGAAGAUGGCAACAGUGAAGAGGAAGGAGACACGUUUGAAGUUUUCGGACGCACGGCUCUUCGAAAGAGCUUAAGUGUUGGAGCAGGUGAACGCGUUUCUAAUUCAUUAGCAGCUCUGGGAAUUUCAAGAAAGGGUAAAGAACGGAAUGGAUAUCCGAACGGCGGGGGUUUUGACCAGGAUCGAGCGCAGGAAGAGGGCGUUGCAUUCCCGGUCAUGCGCUCGACUCGUGGUACGCAACGCUCGCGUGAAGAUUCUUCAUCAGCUAUUUCCACACAUGCACACGCGAAGGGAGCCUCAGGUACUUCAUCUCGCACGCUCAUCGCGCCGAAGGUACCUACGCACCCGUACGGCGCAUAUCGUGACGACCUUCCUGGACUACGCUUCUCCUAUUCGACGUACUCAAGCUCACAAACACAAGGGGAGACCCCGCCUCAGACUCCAAUAGAGGCGAGUACUCGAGGUCCGAUCCACGUUGUAGUUGCUGCGCCGAUUUCAGGUGUUGAAGCUAUGGAUGCACUUGUAGAUGGUAUGGACGGCUCCGACGACGAUGAUUUGUUCAAACGACUGCAAAAUCGAGCCAAGAGUUCCGUACAUAAUCAUCAUCCGUUAUACGCUCCGCCUUUACCUGAACCUCCGCCCGGCAUCGUUCUAGGACGCGGGAAUACGCAACGGAAGGCAUCGAUUAGCUCUGGAAAUGAGAAUGACGGAGAUUGUGAGGACUUACAGUCUCGGCCAUCUACUCAUGCAGGUACGGAGCGCUCUGGUACAAAAAGGCGGCAUGAGAAUGGCCGGUCGGCUUCUUCUAGUACUAUUCUUGCUGAUAUGUCAGAGCGCUACCGUCGCCCCUCAACUGCGUCACCAAAGAUGGAUCGCGAGCCAGCUCACGCACCACCUCCAUCUAUUGAUGAGAUAAUCCGCAAACAUACUGUCCUUUCCCCCCACCAAACUCAAUCACACACGAAAUCGAUGUCACCGUUCGUUUCUGACAUGAUACGGCGGAACACACAGCCAGGCAAUUCAUCUCAGUCUCGUCCCACGACAGGUGUAAGGUCACGUACGACCAGCGCGACGGGUCAUAAUGGUCGACAAGAUUCUUCCCUUUCGGAUUCUGAUCCGGAACCACUGACGCCUUCGGAAGAAGCAGCGUUAGUAGCACGAUCUUCUAUUGAUAGUGUCGCGGCGGAGGUACAGCAGUCGCUCCGUGUGCAUAAAAAGACUCUGAAACCGGAUUUGCCAGCAACAAGCUCUGCUACCACGUCGUCCAACAUUUCAAUAUCACAGGAUGAUGCAUCCACUUCGCGAUACAGCUAUUAUAGCUACAAGACUACUCGUUCUGCAGGCGGCUGUGAUCAGUCGAUACGGUCAGGUUCAGCUUCUGCCUCCGCUUCGACAUCAAAUGGCGCUGGUGUGGCUUCAACCUCCCCAGGGCUGUCAUCAGAUCCGGAAUUUACUCAGUCGUUCCGAUCUCAAAACGGGCGGUCAAAACGACCACAGCAGAAUGGCCAGAAGGAGGCAAUUGCAACUUACCUCCGUUCUGCACGUAUGACAACACUAUUGAGGCUCACGCGGCGACCUCAUGCAUCGGAAGAUCGACCUCUGACUGUUAGUUUAUCUGAUUUGGGCUCGCAGACGGGAUUUCCGCUCGUUGUUUUCUUGGGACUUGGAUGUGUACGUUAUGUUAUGGGGCUGUAUGAUGAGAUGGCGGAGUGCCUUGGGUUGAGACUUAUCACGAUUGACCGAUGGGGUCUCGGUCGGACAGAUGUUCCACCUUCUUCCGCCAGCCGAGGGGUACCAGAGUGGUCUACUGUAGUAGAUGAAGUACUCGACCGUCUGAACAUUGAUCGAUGUGGCAUCAUGGCUCACUCGGCUGGUGCCCCUUAUGCUCUGUCGUUUGCGAGCAAGUAUCCAGAACGGGUCAUUGGCGACAUUUGUCUCCUUGCACCUUGGGUCGGUGGUGGAGCAGGAAGUGGGUAUCGUUGGCUCAAAUACGUACCGAAUGGGCUCUUGAAGACCGCGCAAGCUGCAGAAUGGAAGAUCCAAGCGUGGAUGAUUGGCAAGCCGCCGAAGAUCUCUUACGAGGGUAUUGGGUACAAUGCAGAAAAGCGGGUAUCGUCGGCAACGUACAACAUUGACUCUUCAGGACAUUUUGUGCGGGCUCGAUCGAAGACGGACUCGCACGAAGAGGACAGUGGCGACGAUGAGACUGCGGACUUCUCAUCUCAUGCGGUGAAGCGGACGCAGAGUAGGACCUCGGCGAAGUCUUCUCCGUAUUCGACGGCUCUUCCACCAAAGUCGCGACCGAGUGUCUCGAGCGGGAAUACGUUUAGUGACUAUGAUGACCUUGCUGACUUUUGUGGACAGUUCGAUAGCCAAACUACGUUUGAGCGAAGACGUUCAAGAGCCGCAUCUGCUGAUGGACAUACAUCUCCGCAGGACUCAGGGAUUGGAGCGAAGAAGAGGAAUUCGAGAGGGUUCCUACGUAUAUGGAAAGGUCUUCCGAAUAAUAAUCCUGGUCCAGUACCACCUCUACCAGCUAUUGAGACGUCGUUUGGCCAGCAACGGCAGCCUACCUCCACUCAAUCCCAACCCCCAACUCCCCAGCCCAAGCGAAAGUUAAAGUCACUGAAGUCGAUCAGUUCGAUUCGGAGUAGAACGUCGACGACGACUAUGCCAACGCGUCCCAAGACGGCGGAGACGAGCCCUGUACUGCCUGAACAGAGCUUCGAGACAUCGCUCCAUCUUGAAAUGGGCGAAUUUGGGUUAGGCAACGCUUCCGACAAGGAGGCAUCGGCCUCGCAGUCUACUCGUCCACGUCUUGGAUUGGAUACAAAGAAUCAUUCUAAACAUGCGUUUCCGUAUUCUGCCGUCACAACUACAACUACGACGUCGAAGUCUGCGUUUACAUCUCACACGUCGGUGACUAAUGGUCCUCCUAAUGGAACGAGAGCAGGUGGACGACGGUCAAUCUCGUUUACCACGACCACAUCGACAUCAUACUCGCUCAUGUCCCGACCUUCUCUACCGCACGCUUCACAAACGUAUUCUGCGAAGUCGUCACCUGCAAACGCGUCUCCUUCGAAGAAAGAAGGUGGUGAAUCCUACCAGGUCGCAAUGGGCAACGCCCUCAUUGCAGCCUCACAUUCCGAAAGCUCACGUGGAACACAUCCUGAUCUCCUUCAAAUCCUUAAUCACGAACAACGACCCUGGGGGUUUUCAUACUCUCGUUACCCGCAUCGGGUACGAGUAUGGUAUGGCGACAAGGACGAGCGGAUUGCAGCCGAGUCCGUGAAGUGGAUGGAGAACGCUAUGGGUAGUGAGAGGUGUCGGGUGACAGUUGUGAAGGGUGCUGACCAUGGGUUGAUGUAUCGGACGAAUGUGGUUGUGGAUGUACUUGAAGAGGUACAGGGUGCGUGGAUGGAGGUUGUACAUGGAUCCAGGAGACGCGAGAUGUCGGUACAGUCGGACCCGAUGGUAACGAGUGGACUUGAGAUUGGUUCAGAUCCGUUCAAGUCGUUGUGAUGAUUGUCUCCGGAGUAUUAGCCAUUUCAUAGAAUCCGAAACAAAAGUUCGUUCCCGGCUUUCCUCUCUCUCGGACUAUCUUUCCUUUUCCAUUCCUGUCUUUUCUGUUUCAUUCCUGUCUGUCAUUUCAGAUGUUCCUCCUACUGUCAUUUCCUGCAUAACGCAUAUCUGAGCGUGUACUUUAGAUAAUCUCCUUCCAUCGUUAUUCCCUGUUCUCGACUUCUCCGUUUUCAUUAGUAUACCGAGCCAGAAUUAAUCUGGCAAUUCCUUCUCUGUGCCACUCAUCAUCUAUUUAGUAGAAUACCUCGCAAUUUUUUCUUUCUUUCCUCGUUAAAUAUACCUGCCACUGGUUCAUUCCAUCUCUCUCUUUUCCGAACGUUUUUCCUGUAUAUUUUUAUUCACCUGUGCUACCGAACCAAGUCUCUUUAUCUCUGUGUAUUGGAUCAUCACUCUU